AUGCUCCCUAAUACUGUAAAUAAAAAGAGAGAUGUAAUGAAAAAAGAAACAGAAAAAAUGAUUGAAUCUCCAAAAAAUCCUUGUUUAUUUAGUAGAAUAUUUAGCUUGAACUUUGACAAUCCAUAUAAUCUUAUAGAACCUUAUUUUCUUCACCAAUUAUUAUUUUCAAGGAAGAGUAAGUUAUACUUAUUUGAUUGUAGGUAUGACUAUGAAUAUGAAGGUGGUCAUAUCUAUUCUGCAAUUCCUUGUCCUUCUAAAAACGAGUUGGAGACGUUAUUUUUCAUAAAAAAACAAGUAAAUGUAAUAAUUGUAUUUCAUUGUGAAUAUUCUCAGAAUAGAGGGCCAGGUCAGUGGUUACUUUUUAGACAAUUAGAUCGAGAAAAGAAUAAAGAUCAAUACCCUCUUAUAUGGUAUCCUGAUGUUUUUGUACUAAAUGGAGGAUAUCGUUACUUCUAUCAAUUAUUUCCUGAAUGUUGUGGAGGAUAUAUUAGAAUGGAAGACCGUCCUUUUGAUACAUCAGAUAAAUCAAAACCACCAGUUAAAAUUAGUUGUUGUAGAAGGUUAAGAAAUAAACCAAUUUUUGAGUGUUCUCCUAUUCUUCCAACAAGAAGAGUAAAGACAAUGUAA